UCAAUCUCGAUAUAGAAUCUCACCUCUCAUAGUUCAGUAAAGUCAUACAAGCUCAGCGAUGGCUCCUCCGAGGCCAAGAUUGGUCGUGCCCAUCGACCUCAAGAAGAAGCCAUGGGAGCAGAAGUACCCUCUGCACAACCGUUGGCAUCCUCACAUACCCCCAGUUGCAAAUGUGAGAGAGGGAGAGGUGUUUCGGGUGGAGAUGAUGGACUGGACAGGCGGAAGCGUUGCAGAUAAUAAUUCUGCAAUGGACAUCAAAUCUCUAGAUCUUACCAUUACGCAUUAUCUCAGUGGACCUAUAAGAGUUUCAGACAAGGGAGGAAAUCCAGCAAAUCCAGGUGAUCUUCUUGCUGUUGAAAUCUGUAACUUAGGUCCUCUUCCCGGAGACGAGUGGGGUUAUACAGCAACAUUUGACAGAGAAAAUGGAGGUGGAUUUUUGACGGACCACUUCCCCAGUGCAACAAAAGCUAUCUGGUAUUUUGAAGGAAUAUAUGCAUACUCUCCCCAGAUACCAGGUGUCCGUUUUCCAGGUCUAACUCACCCAGGAAUUGUGGGGACUGCGCCAUCCCUUGAGCUCCUAAAUAUUUGGAAUGAAAGAGAGAAGAAGUUAGCUGAAAAAGAUCCCAAUUCUCUUCAGAUAUGUGAAGUUGUGCACCAGAGACCACUGGCUAUCCUACCAACAACCAGAAAUUGCCUCCUUGGAAUGAUUAAUGACGGAACACCUGAAUGGGAGAAGAUUGCAAAUGAGGCUGCAAGAACAAUUCCAGGAAGGGAAAACGGAGGAAAUUGUGACAUCAAAAAUCUAAGUAGAGGAUCAAAAAUAUAUCUUCCAGUUUUUGUGGAAGGUGCAAACCUCAGUACAGGUGACAUGCACUUCUCACAAGGUGAUGGUGAAGUUUCAUUUUGUGGAGCAAUAGAGAUGAGCGGUUUUCUAGAACUCAAGUGCGAGAUAAUAAGGGGCGGAAUGAAAGAAUACCUCACCCCAAUGGGGCCAACCGCGCUGCACGUGAAUCCGAUCUUCGAGAUCGGGCCAGUGGAGCCUCGAUUCUCAGAGUGGCUGGUGUUCGAGGGCAUCAGCGUGGACGAAAGCGGGCGGCAGCAUUUCAUGGACGCUACAUUAGCCUACAAGCGCGCCGUGCUCAAUGCCAUUGACUACCUCUACAAAUUCGGCUACUCCAAGGAGCAGGCUUACCUCCUCCUCUCUUGUUGCCCCUGUGAAGGCCGUAUCUCCGGCAUCGUUGACGCUCCCAAUGCAGUCGCCACCAUUGCUAUCCCCAUCGCCAUUUUCGACCAGGAUAUACGGCCAAAAUCUCAUAGGUCUUUGGUGGGACCAAGAGUUGUGAAGAAGCUGCCGGAUGUUUUCCAAUGUUCUUAUGAUGGAGACCUUCCCAUCACUCCAAACCUAAGCAAGGCAAAAGAAAAUUAUUAAAUAUUUUAAUUUUAAUAUAUUUAAAUUUAUUAUAUUAAUUUUGAGAUGAAUAUAAUUAAAUAUAUAUUAUAUUCAUCUCAAAAUUAAUUUAAUAAAUUUAAAUAUAUUACAAUUAAAUUUUGAUCAAAAUAUUUUAAUUAUUAUUAAAAUUUUAAUAAAAUGUUCUGAAUUGAAUAAAUUUCUUUUGAUUAUAUGUUGGAACUUGGAAACAAUAAUUAUGUUUUGUUUGAUUAUGCAGAUGA